GCCAUGCUAAUCUUCUCUGUAUCAUUUCAAUUUUAGUAUAUGUGGGUUCCUCUCAUUCAACUUUCUCUUAUCAUCUUAGCUGAGCUUUCUGAAAGAGUGCUGUAGCCCUAUACAUUAUGAGACAAUGCAAGGCCCAUAGGGGCUGGAUGCCUAGACUCAAAAGGUCAUAGAGAGAAGGAUGACAUCACAGCAUUUCAGGUGACUCAUGGGAGUGUGUUUAUGUGUAUGAGGAGGGGGCGGGAGCACAGUGUCACAUCAGGACACCAAACAGUGAGGACCAUAUUUUCAAAGCUUCAACGAAAUUAGUCAGUGUGUGAGUCCUAGAUGAUGUUUUGGCUGCUAGGCAGGUGGGAGGCAGGGGCCCUGACAUGAUGCGGGAAAAUGUCACAGUCCAAGCGGUCCAAUGCCUCAGUGGGAGGCAUCCCUGUCAGAGGACUUUUCAACAGAGAGAUGGGACCUUUGCAGCGUCAGCUUCAACAGGGGGAAUAUUCCUUACUCCGGUUUGCUCCUAUGUUGGAAAACGAAUUUCUACAGAUUAACAAGCGAGGAGAUGUGGCUGAUGUGCACAAUGAAAGGCAGACAGUGACAAUUGCACUCGCCUGCACCAAUCCCAACUUCCCAGGCCCUAAUGUCUUGCUUCUGGCUCGUCGUGUCUUGUCCCCUGAAGAACAGCCACCAAAGAUGAAGACUUUGCAGAACCGCCGGGCACCAGUCAAGAAAUUUGAACUCACUCGGCUUCUCCCUUUGACUUUUGUAAAUAUCUCGGUGCACAACGCAGAAAAGGAGCAGCUACGAUUCAAGCUGGCAAGUGGCCGGAACUUCUACUUGCAGCUCUGUCACCAGCUCGGAGUACAAGAAGAUGUCUUUAAAUUGUGGGUCAAGGUGAUUAACGUGUUACAACCUCCUUCAGCUUCAAGACUAGAACUUCAAGGCAAAAUUAAAGAUCCUGGAAGGCCAGGCAACCCCCCACCCCAGAAGCCAAAGCCAUCUUAUGUAGAACUUCAGAGCCCACCUGGAUCUUCAAGCCUAGAAGUAACAGAGAGCAUCCCCAGUGUGUACUCACCGGAAUUGGUCAGCCCUAUACAGGAAGACACCAGAAGCAGCCGGAGCGUGGCAUUGUCCAUGGGAGGCCCACCCAGCUUCCACCUUCCUAGCCACUCUCCUGCCGCCAUUGAAGAAAAGACAUCCGAGUUGGAAAUGUACCCUCUCUCGGAGGGAAUUGGGUCUGCAGACUCUCUUGAGAGCCCCCUGAUCCCCUCAAACCAAGAUGAUGAGAAAGAGAGCGAUGCUAUGCCAACCAGGAAAACCAGCAGAGGCAGAAAGCCUUGCAGAAAGAAGUCUUCCCAAAGAGCUACAACCCGAAAGCCCAGCAAGCUUGCCUCACUCAUCCUAUCCUGCUCUUGGGGGAGCUGGAAGAGAACUAGGAGCCGAGACGCCAAGAAAAGAGACAAAGAAAAGAAACACUGAAUGGAGUCAAGUGGAGCUCCAAAGUGGAAGACUCCCUUGUACACCCUAUUACAAUAUUAAUUAAAAGACUGCUUAUAGAUGGAAAAA